UUUCAGAGCGGUCGGUCCCAUGGAUGGUGUGGACGUGGUGGGAGCCAGAGAUUUCUGACAGAGAACUUCUGCAAGGGCCCUCAGCCCCAUGGAGCAUCUGUCAUGGGUCGGACCAGUUGUUCGUCCGUCCUCAGGUCGUGUCUCCAGGAGCAGCUCCGUGGGAAGCAGGAUGGGGUUGCUCGGGAGCAAAAAUCAGCUGACAUCCAAUGAGAAACACGCUUCUGGAAGUAACCCAAAAACCAAGAGUAAGCCUCCUCCUGCCCCACCCAAGGGAAGACAAUUUAUCAGCAUCCCUCAUCUAAACCAAGCCUCUGUACAAGACAACUUUGUGGUGGUUGCACUGUACGAUUUUCCUGCCUCAAGUGACCGUGAUCUGCCUCUGGUCAAGGGGGAGAAACUCCAAGUCCUGUCCAAUGAGGGGGACUGGUGGCUGGCAAAAUCCCUCAGCAGCGGGAGGAAAGGCUACAUUCCCAGUAACUUCGUUGCACAAGUAGACAGUUUGGAAGAGGAAAAGUGGUAUUUUAAAACUCUGAGCAGAAAAGAUGCUGAAAGGCUGCUGUUGUCUUCUGGUAACAAAGUUGGCUCUUUCCUUGUACGAGAGAGUGAAACCAGCAAAGGUGCCUAUUCAUUGUCUGUGAGAGACAGCAACUCUGCUCAUGGGGACAUCAUCAAACACUACAGGAUCCGCUCCUUGGAUGGCGGGGGUUAUUACAUCUCCCCCAGGAUGACUUUCUCCAACCUGCCAGAGCUAAUCCAUCAUUACAGCCAGAAGGGGGAUGGUCUGUGCCAGCGGCUCACAGCUCCCUGCAUAUCCCUGGUUCCCCAGAGACCCUGGGCACAGGAUGAAUGGGAGAUCCCAAGGGAAUCUCUGAAGCUUGUGAAGAAACUUGGCAGUGGGCAGUUUGGGGAAGUAUGGAUGGGUUACUACAAGAACAACAUCAAGGUGGCUGUGAAGACCAUGAAGGAGGGCAGCAUGGAUCCUGAUGCCUUUUUGGCAGAAGCCAACUUGAUGAAGAGGCUGCAGCACAACAAACUGGUCAGGCUAUAUGCAGUAGUCACAAAGCAGCCAAUCUACAUUGUGACAGAGUACAUGGCCAAUGGGUGUUUGCUGGAUUACUUGAAGACAGAAGAAGGAAGCCAAUUGAAUCUCCCCAAACUCAUUGAUAUGUCUGCUCAGGUGGCAGAGGGCAUGGCGUACAUCGAGCGCAUGAACUCCAUCCACCGCGACUUGAGAGCCGCCAACAUCCUCGUCUCGGAGACACUCUGCUGCAAAAUUGCUGAUUUUGGCUUGGCCAGGAUCAUUGAGGAUGAAUACUUGGCACAAGAAGGUGCCAAAUUCCCAAUCAAAUGGACAGCACCAGAGGCCAUUAACUUUGGAGUUUUCACCAUCAAAUCUGAUGUGUGGUCUUUUGGGAUCCUCUUGACAGAAAUCAUAACCUACGGCAGGAUCCCUUACCCAGGAAUGACCAACCCUGAGGUGAUUCGCAACCUGGAGCGGGGCUAUCGCAUGCCCUGCCCGGACAUGUGCCCCGCUGAACUCUACAACAUCAUCCUGAAAUGCUGGCGGAACAAACCAGAGGAUCGCCCGACCUUCGAGUACCUGCAGUCGGUUCUUGAGGACUUCUACACUGCCACGGAGAAGCAGUACGAGGCAGAACCUGAGCAGUGAAGCCACAGUCUGCCUGGGGACAGAUCUGGAGGAAAACCACUGCCCUGCACAGCUCUGCGAUGGCUCAUCUCAGGCCUCUGCCUUCCUCUUGUGUGCCACCAUGAUGGCAGGAUGGAGAUGGGGAACAAGGAGGGACACAAGGAAGGUUGGUACUGCCAGCUCUGUGCUUAUCACGGAGACUAAAGAGGUGGCUGAGAACUGGCACAGCUCCUUCCUCAUCCACCUUGGAGGUCUGAACCCACUUCGCAGACAUAGUUUCUGCCAUGAAGGACAGCAGGACUCCUUUGUGACCCAUCCAGAGAAAGAAAAUCCCCUCAGCCCUGCAACUGCAGCCCUGGGAAGAGGGCAUCAUGGCCAAGGUGGUGGUAUGGAGAAAGCACAACCUCUCCCCCUCAUCUGGUGCCACUGCCAGCAAUACUACCGCUCCCCUCGUGCCACAGGCAGGGAUGGGAAAAUGUUCUGUCUGCACCUCCUUGGGCCACUCCAGACCCCUAAGCUCUGGAUCAAUCUCUCCAGGUGGUGCCACCCCCCUUGUCCCAAAUCAAUA